AUGGGUUCCGAAGAGCUCCGUCUAACUGUCGACCCACAAUUGCUGGCAGCUAGCCAACCGGCCGCUGAUUAUUUGAAUGGGCUGAUGCCAGGGCUGGCCUCUGCAUUCCUGCCCCAUCUCUCCGGAUUUGCGGCACUGACGACGGCGAUCCCGAAGCUCGACCCGGACAGCAUUUACGUGAAAGAGGAGAAGCCCAUCGUCCAGCCCCUACCGUACCCCGGCAAUAACUUUCACGAGCACCCAUCCGUUGGCGCCGACGCGACAAAAGCCCAAGAACAGCAACGAGCCAUGGCUCAGUAUUCGGACUACCCUCACCUAUACGACACGUCGAUUGUGAUGCCCGGCGCCUAUUACGACGCCUACGCCGGAUAUUCCUCCAUGGCCGCGCCUCUGAUGCCAAUCGCUGCCACCGGGGAUGGGACUGCCGAUUUCACCGCUUCACCUAGCUACGUGACAACCUCCGCGGUGACAGCCGCCCUCCCAUCAUCGCUUCCACAACAAGAGACAUCCACUGGCAGCUCGGUGCUCGAGAUUGGAAAGCCAAACACGACGCAAGCCUCGGCAACGGGAAGUGCGGCCACGAUCCCGACGGCCGUCACGCUAUCAAAUAAUGAUUGGCAAGCAGCCGCCGCAUGGCAACAAUAUUAUAAUAUGCCUCACACCGCCCACACGGACUACACGUUCGCCCAGCAGGCCGAGGUCGCCUUCUAUCCACUGGCACCGGCUCAACUGGGUGGCCCCCUGGAUGCGACAACGGCCGACCCAUCAGUCUACUCCCUACCCACCAAUCUAGCAGGCUCCUCGCUGGCCGCUGGGGCAUUCGACUAUACGGCACUACACCCACAAACAAGCCUCGCCGCAGCCACCGCGUUGAGCAACACUUCCAUCCCGGUGCCAACUGGCUCGAAGCGUAAAGUGGGUGGAGGAGCGAAGAAUGGUGCUGCUUCAUCAUCCCUGACGUCUUCCUCAUCAUCUGCCUCAUCUGCCAUCCCUUCAUCAACAAUUCAAUCGGCAUCUGCUGCUGCUGUCUCUUCGAUUAUUGGCAAUGGAGCAUCAGCUGGAGCAGGAGCCGGAGGAGCAUCAUCCGCUGCUGGCCCCAGCAAGAUUUCCAAUGUGUCGCUGCCCCAUGGCCAUCACCCCCAUCAACAACCCCAUCAUCCCCAUCAUCAUCACCACAAAGCCCCAUCCUCGAUGGCAUCAGGGGAUGAUGGUGGAUUAUCAGAUGAUGAUCGUUCUGAGGAUCGAGAUGUUGAUAGAAGAUCCGCCAAUAAUGCACGAGAACGGAUCCGUGUCCGGGAUAUCAAUUCGGCGUUCAAAGAAUUGGGUCGUAUGUGUUCACAGCAUUCCCAGGUGGGUUACGCCAUGUCCAUCUCGCCCGUAUCUGAGGCAGCGAGCGGUGACAAGACGCAGACGAAACUCGGCAUUCUCCACCAGGCCGUCCAAGUGAUUACAGCCCUCGAGGAACAGGUGCGCCAACGAAAUCUGAACCCGAAACAGGCAGUGAUGAAACGACACGGAAAUGAUGAGAAUAAACAGAACAUAACUGGAGGAGGGGCUACGGUAGAUCAGUACGGUAACCCCCUCGUUUCACCCUAU